AUGGCAGCGCUGAUCUCGCGAUGGGAUCGGCAACAGCGGCAGCUCCGCGUCCAAAGACGCAGCAUUUUUGGUCUCUUUUCAUCGAGGAAGAAACUCUUUAGGUUCCUACUAAUUUCCCUCGCCAUUAUUGCAAUUCUUCCCCCUCUCUACUUCCAUUUCAGCCUCCGCCGCUUCCGCCAGAUGCAAUUACGAAAGUGCAGUUGGAUGUCGAGUCCACCUUUAGUGUGUGCUCAUGGGGGUGACUCAACCAAGGCUUUUCCCAAUACCAUGGAUGCUUAUCGCAUUGCUUUAAGUUCUCAAGCAGAUUGCAUUGAGAUUGAUGUGUCUCGUUCUUCAGAUGGAUUAUUGUUAGCUCUUCAUGAUAGGGAUCUGCAGCGACUCUCUGGAAACAAAUCUUCUAAAGUUGGUUAUUUGAGCAUGAAAGAGAUUGCAGAUCUGGGUUUCAAACAUCACCAGUCCCUGGAGUUCAGUGAUGUAAAUAUUCCAACCAUUGAAGAUGCAUUAAGGUUAGUUUCAGGUUCAGUUAAGCAGGUGAUUCUCGAUGCUAAAGUUGGACCUCCACUAUACGAGAAAGGACUAGCGAAGGAUAUCCUUUCUGUUGUAGAAAAAACCAACUGCAAGAACUGCCUUGUCUGGGCAAAAAGUGACAGCCUAGCAAGGGAACUGAUUAGAUUAUCCAACGAUACAAUGGUGGGGUACAUCGUAAUGAUGGAUCCAUCAAGUGGAGCUAGGAUGAGGGUGUUGAGGAUGAGAGGCGCCGGCGUGGUUGGUGUUUACCACCCAUUAAUCGAUGAGAAACUUGUGAAGAUACUCCAUGGGAGGAAUAAGAAGGUUUUCGCGUGGACCGUUGAUGAAGAGGAGUGGAUGCAGAAGAUGUUGUUGGAGCGUGUAGAUGCAGUGGUAACGAGUAAUCCUUCUCUGCUACAGCGAGUUAUGCAAGAUCGCAGGAAGCAAUGCUUCGAGGAGGGCUUUUCUUUCUCUUCUUAGAGGCUGCUCCAAUUCGAUCAACAUUCUCAUCUCAUCAAUGGAAUUUUAUUUUAGUUGAUUAGCAUUAAUUACCCAACUCUCUCUCAUACAAGUAUAUAUUAGUAACACUAAUUGAAAGCAGCUCCACGGAUUUGGUUUUUGUGAGAAAGAAAAUACUCCCUCCAUCCCA